AGAGCUGCAAUACUAUGAGUUUAGGUGUAAUCAGGGGAGGGUGGGGGUGCAUUCUGGAGGAUUCUGCGGAAAUCAUAGGAGAGGACCCCGUUUCACUCGUUUAUUGUGGGGGCUGUUUUCUCCCUUCUCAGCUAGAUGGUUAGCCCCCUCCGUGAAACCCACAACACAGUGGUGGGGGGCUGAAGGUUUUAGGGACUUUGUGUAUUUCAGAUUCUAGACUGGAAUAUAGAUUUAAACUACCUUCUUGCUGCAAAAAUGUCUAAGAGACCAUCCUAUGCCCCACCACCUCCCCCUGCCCCUACGACUCAAAUGCCCAACACUCCUGGGUUUGUGGGGUACAACCCAUACAGUCAUCUGGCCUACAACAACUACAGACUGGGAGGGAGCCAAAGCAGCAACAGUCGGGUAACGAAUUCCUCUGGAAUAAACAUCCCAAAACCCCCAAAACCUCCAGAUAAGCCGCUGAUGCCCUACAUGAGAUACAGUCGAAAGGUUUGGGAUCAAGUAAAAGCCUCCAAUCCUGAUCUGAAGCUAUGGGAAAUUGGGAAGAUAAUCGGUGGCAUGUGGAGGGACCUCACUGAUGAGGAGAAACAGGAUUAUUUGAAUGACUACGAAGCAGAGAAGAUUGAGUAUAAUGAGAGCAUGAAGGCUUACCACAACUCGCCAGCUUACCUGGCUUAUGUCAACGCAAAGAGCCGGGCUGAGGCAGCUCUGGAGGAGGAGAGCCGCCAGAGGCAGUCCAGACUGGACAAGGGCGAGCCUUACAUGAGCAUCCAGCCAGCAGAGGAUCCAGACGAUUACGACGACGGCUUUUCUAUGAAACACACAGCUGCUGCUCGUUUCCAACGCAACCACCGCCUGAUCAGCGAGAUCCUCAGCGAGAGCGUCGUCCCAGACGUGCGGUCUGUUGUCACCACCGCUCGCAUGCAGGUCCUCAAACGCCAGGUCCAGUCACUGAUGGUGCACCAGAGAAAAUUGGAGGCAGAGUUGCUUCAGAUUGAAGACCGCCACCAGGACAAGAAAAGAAAAUUCAUUGAAGCCACAGAGUCGUUCAACAAUGAGCUCAAAAGGUUGUGCUGCAUGAAGGUGGAAGUAAACAUGGAGAAGAUUUCUGCAGAGAUCUCUGCAGCAGAAGAGGCAGCACGCAAACGGAUGGCAGAACGCGAGAAGGAUGCAGGAGACCGAGGAGCAAGAGAGGCGCCCACCUGCGUCUUGGCAGAGGAGGAAAAACAUGUUUGUGCGACGCAUGGUAAAAAGUCCCAGCAGAACUCUCACAGCGACGGCAGCAACAAGGAAGGCGAGGACACAGAAUCAAAUAAUGCAGAUGCACCAGUAAAACAGAAAGCCUCAGAAGAGAUGGAGGCCCAUCCAGGCAGUGAGGAGGGAGCAUCAGAGGACAAGGAGAGCGUCCCAGAGGGAGCCAUGGAGGAGGGAACCAGCGACAGUAACACCGGCUCAGAGACCACCUCUGCUCAGACAGAAGAUGCCACGACCAGCGAGCCAUCAGAGGGACCCACCAAGGCAAGAGCAGCCCACUGAGUCCAGCAGUGUAAAACCUCGGGGCUGCCAUUGAAUCUUUUUGACCCUUUGAUUACAGAUAAUGCACAAUCUCAUGUCUGUUUGUCGAAAGUGUUAAAGGAGCAUUCAGACGGGCCCACUGUUUAGCAAGCCGAAGGCUGCAGUUAAGGUUAAAAACCUGACACUCGUAGACACGGUGAAUACAACAGUAUUAAAAAAAAUGCACUCGGACUUGACAAAGCAAUGACCUUGUCUAAAAUCAACGGCUGCUACAAUGUGCCACAAAAGCCCGUGUGAAGGCACUAUAUUCGGCUUUUUUGGAAGAGCGCACUCAAGCCCUUCAUCAGCACAUAUUGAAACAUAUCUCUAGCACUAUGUCUGGCAGACAAACAAAAUUGCUCAGUGUUAUACCUAACUUUGUUCUUUGUGUUGUAGUCCCAUUGUUGCUUUUAUUGUUUUGCAUGAUACAGGUAAAAAAAAAAAAAAAAAAGUUGUUGAAGGGUGGAGCUAAGUGACCAUCUCCUUGGCAGGAGAAUAUUUGUUUACUCUCUGUAUCAGUAUUACAGUGACAGUAUUGUCUCAGGAGUUUGUAGUCAUUAAGUAGUAGUUACUCUUUUAUUUAUUAUCAGCUUUUUUCUUAUUAUUCUUGUGUAUUGGGUGCUCUGGGUCCAGCCCAUCUUUAAGUAUAUAUCAUGUGAUCAUCAAUGCUGUACCACGCUAAACUACCAGUGUUCUAAGGUUUGCUGGCUGCCAAUCAAAUCAAAAGCAGUAUGCUUAGAACAGGUGUUUGUUUUGAUCAGUGUUGCGGUUUCUAGCAGGAAACCUUUACAUGUCCAGUUAAUGUGUACACGGUGUAACAAGGUUUGCUUAAACGUGAAUUUUCAUGUUGUAAAACAGCUAGAAGAACACUCAUUAACAUGCAGUCUUAAUAUGAAUUUCAUUUUUGCAUAUUUAUAUAAAUAAACUUUUCUACUAUGAAA